CACAACAACUUCCUCCCUCUUGCAAGCCAUCUCUUAGCGCCCAGCCGCUAUGCGAACAGUGACUCUCGCUUUCUCUUUCCCAUUCAGAAACCCAUGUUUUCCUUUUCGCCUUCACAUUGAGAAAACAAACACAUCUUUCAACGUACCUACCCCAAAUGACACUCGCCCGCCACCUGGCAAACGCUCUCCUGGCGGUGGCGGUAGCCGUCGCCGGCGCCGCCGAGGUCAAGUGCCCCAUCGUGUUCGACGGGCGCGUGCCCGCGUCCCUGGCCCUGACCGACUUUGACAGCCCCGGGCGGGGCUCGCCGUUCGGGACGGGCUACGUCAAGGGCGAGGGCCUGCUGUGGAGCGACAUACUAAAGUUCCCGACGGCGGCGGCCGGCCCGCCGCGGUUCGAGAACGCGUCGCUGCACAAGCCCAUCACGGUGACGCUGAGCGACCGGUCCAUCUUCCAGACCCAGAGGGGCUUCCGCAGGGCGGGGCUGCAGUUCGACGGGGACUCCAACACGGGCGGGGAGGGGAGCGCGGGGGUCAGGACGCUGCACUGGAGCGUCAAGAUUGACCCGGGGCGGGCGCUUAACCUGAGCCACGAGUAUCUGAACGUCUGGCAUGAGACGUCGGACUACUCUGCCAACCAGUUCAACUUCGAGAUGGGCACCAUCCUCGGACAGACGUCGCUGCCCAGAGAUACGUUCAAGAUACUCAACCGGCAGAACCGGCAAAUCUGGUCGACAAAGGUGGACAACACCGCGUGGAACAACUUUGCCAUCAAGAUCGACUACACCAAGAAUACGCUCCAGGUGUACUACUCCAAGGGCGAUGAGCCGCUCAAGUCGGUCACAAACGCGGUCCAGAACGACAACUCGGGCAAGGGGCAGUACCAGCUCGGGCUGCUCAAGAAGCCGACGGGCACGAACGACGUGGUCAACUCCGGGUACCAGUCGAGGAACAUAAACGAGGGCCUGAUCUACGGCGGCAUCUUCCUGGAGGACAGCGCUGGAGGGUGUAUCUCGUUGUAGACAGGCAGGAUUAGGGUAUCGGGCC